AUGGGAGCCAGAGUAAAUGACUCAGGCAUCCCAGAACUAACUCGGCUCCGACUGGUGAAUGGCCCAAGUCGCUGUGCUGGGAGAGUCGAGGUGCUUCACAACCAGCAGUGGGGAACUGUGUGUGAUGACAGCUGGGAUUUAACUGAAGCCAGAGUCGUGUGCAGGCAUCUGGGCUGUGGAACGGCAUUAUCAGCCCCACGUGGGUCUCGGUUUGGACAGGGAACUGACCCUAUCUGGCUGCAUGAGGUAAACUGCACAGGGACAGAAGUCGCCCUCUCCGAAUGCAGAGCUAGGCCUUGGGGAGAGCAUAACUGUAACCACGGAGAAGAUGCUGGUGUUGUGUGCUCAGACUCGAUCAUUCCAGACCCAGGUCCUCUCCAACUGGUGAAUGGCCCCAAUCGCUGUGCUGGGAGAGUCGAAGUGCUUCACAACCACCAGUGGGGAACUGUGUGUGAUGACAGCUGGGACUUAACUGAUGCUGGAGUCGUGUGCAGGCAGCUGGGCUGUGGGACAGCGUUAUCAGCCCCAGGAGGGGCUCCCUUUGGGAGAGGUUCUGACACCAUCUGGAUGGACGAGGUUAACUGCACAGGGACAGAAGCUGCCCUCACCGAAUGCAGGGCUCGGCCUUGGGGAAAAAAUAACUGUCACCAUGGAGAAGAUGCCGGUGUUGUGUGCUCAGACUCAGGCAUUUCAGCAGUGGUUCCACUCCGACUUGUGAAUGGCCCAAGUCGCUGCGCUGGGAGAGUCGAGGUGCUUCACAACCACCAGUGGGGAACCGUGUGUGAUGACAGCUGGGAUUUAACUGAGGCCAGAGUCGUGUGCAGGCAGCUGGGCUGUGGGACUGCAUUAUCAGCACCACGUGAGUCUCGGUUUGGACAGGGAACUGACCGUAUCUGGCUGCAUGAGGUAAACUGCACAGGGACAGAAGCUGCCCUCUCCGAAUGCAGGGCUAGGCCUUGGGGAGAGCAUAAUUGUAAUCACGUGGAAGAUGCUGGUGUUGUGUGCUCAGACUCAAACAUUCCAGACCCAGGUCCUCUCCAACUGGUGAACGGCCCCAAUCGCUGUGCUGGGAGAGUCGAGGUGCUUCACAACCAUCAGUGGGGAACGGUGUGUGAUGAUGGCUGGGACUUAACUGAUGCUGGAGUUGUGUGCAGAGAGCUGGGCUGUGGGACAGCGUUAUCAGCCCUAGGGGGGGCUCACUUUGGGAGAGGAUCUGACACCAUCUGGCUGGACGACAUUAACUGCACAGGGACAGAAGCUGCCCUCACCGAAUGCAGGGCUCGGCCUUGGGGAAACAAUAACUGUCACCAUGGAGAAGAUGCCGGUGUUGUGUGCUCAGGAACUUGGGCAAGUCUCAGGGUGCGAUUGCUGAACAGCCCAAGUCGCUGCGCUGGGAGAGUCGAGGUGAUUCAUAACCAGCAGUGGGGAACCGUGUGUGAUGAUGGCUGGAACAUAACCGAUGCCGGAGUCGUGUGCAAGCAGCUGGGCUGUGGGACGGCGUUAUCAGCCCCAGGAUGGGCUCGAUUUGGACAAGGAUCUGGGCCAAUUUGGCUGGAUGAGGUUGACUGCACAGGAACUGAAGCUUCCCUCUCUGAAUGCAGGGCUAAGCCUUGGGGGGAUCAUAAUUGUCACCACAGAGAAGAUGCCAGUGUGGUGUGCUCAGGCUCAGGCAUCUCAGAAGUGGCUCAGCUCCGACUGGUGAAUGGCCCGAGUCGCUGCGCUGGGAGAGUCGAGGUGCUUCACAACCAGCAGUGGGGAACCGUGUGUGAUGACAACUGGGACAUAAUUGAUGCUGGAAUCGUGUGCAAGCAGCUGGGAUGUGGGAUAGCGCUAUCAGCCCCAGGAGCGGGUCGAUUUGGGCGAGGAUCUGACCGUAUCUGGCUGGAUGAUGUUCAGUGCAAAGGGACAGAAAUUGGCCUUUCUGAAUGCAGGGCUCGGCCUUGGGGAGACAAUAACUGUCACCACGGAGAAGAUGCUGGUGUUAUUUGCACAGACUCCGGCAUCUCUGAAGUGACUCAGCUGCGACUGGUGAACAGUUCGAGUCGCUGCGCUGGGAGAGUCGAGGUGUUUCAUAACAAGAAGUGGGGAACUGUGUGUAAUGACAGCUGGGAUCUACAGGAUGCUGGAGUCGUGUGCAGGCAGCUGGACUGUGGGAUGGCGUUAUCAACUCCUGCUGGAGUUCACUUUGGGCGAGGAUCUGACCAUAUCUGGCUGGGUAAUGUCAACUGCACAGGGACAGAAGCUGCCCUCUCCCAAUGCAGGGCUAGGCCCUGGGGAGACAGUAACUGCACCCAUGAAGAAGAUGCUGGUGUUGUGUGCUCAGACUCAAGCAAUUCAGAGAAGACUUCGCUCCGCCUGGUGAACGGCCCGAGUCGCUGCGCUGGGAGAGUCGAGGUGCUUCACAACCAGCAGUGGGGAACUGUGUGUGAUGAUGACUGGAACCUACAGGAUGCCAACGUUGUGUGCAGGCAGCUGGGCUGUGGGACAGCAUUAUCAGCCCCAGGUGCGGCUCACUUUGGGCGAGGAUCUGACCCCAUAUGGCUGGAUGACGUUCACUGCAUAGGAACAGAAGCUGCCCUCUCCGAUUGCAGGGCUCGGCCUUGGGGAAACUAUAACUGUCACCAUGGAGAAGAUGCUGGUGUUGUGUGCUCAGACUCAGGCAUUUCAAAGACUCAGCUCCGACUGGUGAAUGGCCCGAAUCGCUGCGCUGGGAGAGUCGAGGUGCUUCACAGCCAGCUGUGGGGAACCGUGUGUGAUGACAGCUGGGAUUUAGCUGAGGCCAGAGUCGUGUGCAGGCAGCUGGGCUGUGGGACGGCGUUAUCAGCCCCAGGAGGGGCUCGAUUUGGACGAGGCACUGAUCCCAUCUGGCUGGAUAACCUUCACUGCACAGGGACAGAAGCUGCCCUCUCCUACUGCAGGGCUCGGCCUUGGGGAAUCCAUAACUGUAACCACGGAGAAGAUGCCAGUGUUGUGUGCUCAGACUCACCCUUUCCAGAGCAGGCUUCAAUCCGACUGGUUGAUGGUUCGAGUCGCUGCGCUGGGAGAGUUGAGGUGUUUCACAACCAGCAGUGGGGAACCGUGUGUGAUGACAGCUGGGACAUGAUGGAUGCUGAAGUCGUUUGCAGGCAGCUGGGCUGUGGGACAGUGUUAUCAGCCCCUGGGAGAGCUCAGUUUGGGCGAGGAUCUGACCAUAUCUGGCUGGAUGAUGUUCAGUGCACAGGGACAGAAGCUGCCCUCGCCAAAUGCAGUGCUCAGCCUUGGGGACACAAUAACUGUCACCAUGGAGAAGAUGCCAGUGUUGUGUGCUCAGACGCUGGCAUCUCAGAAGUGGCUCCACUCCGACUGGUGAACGGCACAAAUCGCUGUGCUGGAAGAGUCGAGGUGCUUCACAACCAGCAGUGGGGAACUGUGUGUGAUGGCAGCUGGGACUUGUCUGAGGCUGAAGUUGUGUGCAGGCAGCUGGGCUGCGGGACGGCGUUAUCAGCACCACGUGGGGCUCACUUUGGGCAAGGAUCUGAUCGUGUGUGGCUAGAUGAGGUUCAGUGCACAGGGGCAGAAGCUGCCCUCACCAAAUGCAGGGCUAAGCCUUGGGGAGAGCAUGACUGUAACCCCGGAGAAGAUGCCAGUGUUGUGUGCUCAGAUCAGGGCCAGCUGAGGCUGCGGCUGACGAGUGGCCCAAGUCCCUGUUCCGGGCGAGUGGAGGUGCUGAUUAACAACACCUGGAGUGCCGUGUGUGAUGCCGGCUGGGGCCUGCCGGAGGCAGGGGUGGUGUGCAAGCAGCUGGGCUGUGGCACGGCGCUAUCAGCCCCAGGGCUUGCUCAGUUCGGCCAUGGGGCCGGCGACGUCUGGCUGGAGGGCGUGAGCUGCUCGGGUCAGGAGUCUCUCAUCAGCGAGUGCCAGCUGAGCCGGCUGGGUCCUGGGCUGUGUGGCCGUGGCUCCGAGGCCAGCGUGGUGUGUGCCGGGCAGGCCGGUGAGUGCCCACUCCAACUGGUGAAUGGCCAGAGUCACUGCGCUGGAGUCGAGGUUCUUCACGACCAGCAGUGGGGAACCGUGUGUGAUGACAUCUGAAGUUUAACUGAGGUCAGAGUCAUGUGCAGGUAGCUGGGCUGUGGGACGACGUUAUCAGUCCCACCUCGGUCCCAAUUUGAACAGGGAACUGACUAGAUAGAUGAGGUAAACUGCACAGGGACAGAUGCUGCCCUUUCCAAAUGCAGGCCUAGGCCUUGGGGAGACAAUAAGUGUGACCAGGUGGAAGAUGCUGGUGUUGAGUGCUCAGCCAUUCCAGAUCCAGCUCCGCUCCGACUGGUGAACGGCCCAAAUCGAUGCACCGGGAGAGUCGAGGUGCUUCAUAACCAGCAGUGGGGAACCGUGUGUGACGACAGUUGGGACUUACAUGAUGCCACUGUCGUGUGUAGGCAGCUGGGCUGUGGGAUGGCGUUAUCAGCCCCAGGGGAGGCCUGGUUUGGGCAAGGAUCUGACAACAUCUGGCUGGAUGAGACUAACUGCACGGGGACAGAAGCUGCCCUCUCUGAAUGCAGGGCUAGGCCUUGGGGAGACAAUACGUGUAACCACGUGGAAGAUGCCGGUGUCAAGUGCUCAGGUAACCCUCAUCCGGCUCCAAUCCGACUGGUGAAUGGCCCCAGUCGCUGCGCUGGGAGAGUUGAGGUGUUUUAUAACCAGCACUGGAGAAGUAUAUGUGAUGACAGCUGGGACUUAUAUGAUGCCAGAGUUGUAUGCAGGCAGGUUGGCUGCGGGAUGCCAUUAUCAGCCCUAGUUGGGGCUCGCUUUGGACAAGGAUCUAAUGCUAUCUGGCUGGAUGACGUUCACUGCAUAGGGACAGAAGUAGCCCUCUCCAAAUGCAACAUUAGACCUUGGGGAGACCAUAACUGUAACCACACACAAGAUGCCAGUGUUGUGUGCUCAGGUACUACAUUCCCCAGUGAGCUCCAGCUGGUGAAUGGCCCCAGUCGCUGUGCUGGGAGGGUCGAGGUGCUUCACAACCAGCAGCGGGGAACCGUGUGUGAUCACGACUGGGAUUUACAGGAUGCUGGAGUCGUGUACAGGCAGCUGGGCUGUGGGACGGCAUUAUCAGCCCCAGGCGGGGCUCAGUUUGGGCAAGGAUCUGAUCCCAUCUGGCUGGAUGAUGUGCACUGCACAGGGACAGAAGCUGCCCUCUCCGAAUGCAGGGCUAGGCCCUGGGCAGACAAUAAGUGUAAUCACGGAGAAGAUGCCAGUGUUGUGUGCUCAGGGAAGGCAGAGCUGGCUCAGCUCCGAUUGGUGAAUGGCCCCAAUCACUGCGCUGGGAGAGUCGAGGUGCUUCAUAACCAGCAGUGGGGAACCGUGUGUGAUGACAGCUGGGACUUGUGGGAUGCUGGAGUUGUGUGCAGGCAGCUGGGCUGUGGGACAGCAUUAUCAGUCCCAGGCGGAGCUCUAUUUGGGCAAGGAUCUGAUCCCAUCUGGCUGGAUGAGGUCAGCUGCACAGGGACAGAAGUUACCCUCUUCAGAUGCAGGGCUCGACCCUGGGGAGACAAUAACUGUCACCAUGGAGAAGAUGCUGGUGUUGUGUGCUCAGAUUCAGCCCUUCCAGACGUGGCUCUGAUCCAACUGGUGAACGGUUUGAGUCGCUGCGAUGGGAGAGUCGAGGUGCUCCACAACCAGCAGUGGGGAACCGUGUGUGAUGACAGCUGGGACUUACAGAAUGCCGGAGUCGUGUGCAGGCAGCUGGGCUGUGGGACGGCGUUAUCAGCCCCGGCCGAGGCUCGCUUUGGGGAAGGAUCUGGCCCUAUCUGGCUGGACAAUGUUCACUGCACAGGGACAGAAACUGCCCUCUCCGAUUGCAGGGCUCGGCCUUGGGGAGACCAUAAGUGUAGCCACAAAGAAGAUGCCAGUGUUGUGUGCUCAGGUAACCCCUAUUUAUCUCGUCUCCGGCUGGUGAACGGCCCCAAUCGCUGUGCUGGGAGAGUCGAGGUGCUUCAUUACCAUCAGUGGGGAACCGUGUGUGAUGGCGGCUGGGACUUACAGGAUGCUGGAGUCGUGUGCAGGCAGCUGGGCUGUGGGACGGCGUUAUCAGCCCUAGGCGGGGCUCACUUUGGGAGAGGAUCUGACCCCAUCUGGCUGGAUGAGGUUACCUGCACAGGGAUGGAAGCUUUUCUCACGGAAUGCAGGGCUCGGCCUUGGGCUGACAAUAAGUUUACUCAUGGAAAAGAUGCCGGUGUUGUGUGCUCAGCCUUUCCCAGUAAGGCUCUGAUCCGACUGGUGAAUGGCCCGAAUCGCUGCGCUGGGAGAGUCGAGGUGCUUCACAACCAGCAGUGGGGAACCGUGUGUGAUCACAACUGGGACUUACAGGAUGCCAGAGUCGUGUGCAGGCAGCUGGGCUGUGGGACAGCGUUAUCAGUCCCAGGAGGGGCUCAGUUUGGGAAAGGAUCUGACCGUAUCUGGCUGGAUGAUGUUCACUGCACAGGGACAGAAGCUGCCCUCACCGAAUGCAGGGCUCGGCCUUGGGGAGACAAUAACUGUAACCAUGGAGAAGAUGCCGGUGCUGUGUGCUCAGCAUUCUCUGAAAUGCUUCCACUCCAGCUGGUCCAGGGCAGCUCUGUAUGCGUGGGGCGUGUGGAGAUCAACUACAAGGGCCGCUGGGGCUCAGUGUGUGACGACGAGUGGGACCUGACCGACGCAGCCGUGGUGUGCAGGCAGCUGGGCUGCGGCACUGCACUCUCUGCCCCGGUGGGCGCCUGGUUUGGAGAGGGCACUGGCCCCAUCUGGCUCAAUGAGGUGCGGUGCCAGGGCUCAGAGCAACAUCUGCGCCACUGCCACCACCGGGGCUGGCGCCAGCAUGUCUGCAGCCAUGAGGAGGAUGCCAGCGCUGUGUGCUCAGGUGGGGCCAGCAGCGCCCCCCUGCGGCUCGUGGGGGGCCCCCACAGCUGCGCUGGGCGUCUGGAGGUGCUUCACGGGAGACAGUGGGGCUCAGUGUGUGAUGACGGCUGGGGGCUGCUGGAGGGUGCCGUGGUGUGCCGGGAGCUGGGCUGUGGUGCAGUUCAGGCUGCCCCCAGGGGGGCGCAUUUUGGGACUGGCACUGGCCCCAUCUGGCUGGAUGACGUGGGCUGCAGUGGGAAGGAGAUGUCCCUGUGGCAGUGCCGGGCACGGCCCUGGGGGCGCACCAACUGCCAGCACAACGAGGACGCCAGCGUCAUCUGCACAGGUAACCCCCAGAGGUAUCCGCUGCGGCUGGUGGGUGGCACCAGUUCCUGCUCCGGCCGGCUGGAGGUUUUCCACCAGGGCCGCUGGGGCACAGUGUGCGAUGACAUGUGGGCACUGCCAGGCGCGGCUGUGGUGUGCCGGGAGCUUGGCUGCGGGGACCCACUCUCUGCUCCCAGGGGGGCCUUUUUUGGUGAGGGCAGCGGUCCCAUCUGGCUGGACAACGUGCGGUGCCAGGGCAAUGAGUCGGCGCUGAGCCGGUGUCUGGCUGCACCAUGGGGCGUGCACGACUGCCAGCAUGCGGAGGACGCUGGUGUGGUGUGUACAGACGAGUUGGCCCAUGUGAGGCAGCGCUUUGCCAAGCCCAUGGCCCCACAGCCACAAAUGCAGAAGCCACGAAUGCAGAAGCCACGGACACAGAAACCACGGAUGCAGAAGCCCCGACCCCGGCCUCCUUCAGCGGCACAGGAGGCGACACAAGCACCAGCCCAGGUAUCCCCACAGGCAGUGCUACCAGCCCAGGCUGUGCCAGAUGCUGCCAUGCGUGUGAACAGGCCCAAGGAUGGGCUCCGUCCAGAACGGCCUGGAGCCCUGGGGGUGCAGCGCCUCGUCCCGAAGAACCGGCGGCCUCGCCCCAAACCAUUGCAGACACGCACAGACGCCGUCCAGCUCCAAGCUCCUGUGGCCACCCCCACCCUCAGGGUCCGCGCUGGGGCCCGAACUGACCCCCACAUGCCUCGUCCCCCACGCCAGCCUGGGGACAGCACCCUAACGACUGUGGCCUCCGCAACCCAGCCUCCUAGCCAGCCCAACAGCGCCUGGAUGGACCCAGCCUCCUCCACCCUCACAACCACCCCCCCUCCUGGCCAGUCCUACAGCAUCUGGACCAGCUCAGCCUCCCCUACUCCCACCCCUCCUCCCAGCCAGCCCCACAGCACCUGGACUGGCCCAGCCUCCCCUACCUCUACCUCCACAACCACCCAUCCUCCUGGCCAGCCCCACAGCACCCGGAUGUACCUGGCCUCCCCUACCCCCAUCCUCACAACCACGCACCAUCCCAGCCAGCCCCAGAGAGCCUGGACCAGCCUAGCCUCCCCCAUCCCCACAACCACUCCCCUUUCCAGCCAGCCCCACAGCACCCAGAUGGGCCUUGUCUCCCCUAAUAUCACCCACAUCCUCACAAUGACCCACAGAGCCCAAACAGACCCAAGCUUCCCCAUUCCAGCAACCACCCAGUCUCUGAACAUGGCCCACAGCAUGUGGCCAGGCCUGGCCCCCACCUCUCCCUCCUACCCAACCACCCAGCUUCCUAGCCAGACCCACACCACUCGGAUGGGCCCAGCUCCCUCCGACCCCACAACCACCCAGCCUCAGGACGAGACCCACAGCGCCCGGACAGCUCCCUCCCACCCCACAACCACCCAGCCUCAGGACGAGACCCACAGCACCCGGCUGGGCCCAGCUCUCUCUGACCCCACAACCACCCAGCCUCAGGACGAGACCCACAGAGCCCAGAUGGGCCCAGCUCCCUCCCACCUCACAACCACCCAGCCUCAGGACGAGACCCACAGCACCCGGAUGGGCCCAGCUUCCUCUGACCCCACAACCACCCAGCCUCAGGACGAGACCCACCGUGCCCGGGUGGGCCCAGCUCCCUCCCACCCCACAACCACCCAGUCUCAGGACGAGACCCACCGUGCCCAGGUGGGCCCAGCUCCCUCCCACCCCACAACCACUCAGCCUCAGGACGAGACCCACAGUGCCCGGAUGGACCCAGCUCCCUCCCACCCCACAACCACCCAGCCUCAGGACGAGACCCACCGCCCCUGGAUGGGCCCAGCUCCCUCCCACCCCACAACCACCCAGCCUCAGGACGAGACCCACAGUGCCCGGAUGGGCCAAGCUCCCUCCCACCCCACGACCACCCAGCCUCAGGACGAGACCCACAGCGCCCGGACAGGCCCAGCUCCUUCCCACCCCACAACCACCCAGCCUCAGGACGAGACCCACAGCGCCCAGAUGGGCCCAGCUCCCUCCCACCCCACAACCACCCAGCCUCAGGACGAGACCCACAGCGCCCGGAUGGGCCCAGCUCCCUCCCAUCCCACAACCACCCAGCCUCAGGACGAGACCCACAGCGCCCGGAUGGGCCCAGCUCCCUCCCACCCCACAACCACCCAGCCUGAGACCCACAGCGCCUGGAUGGACCCAGCUCCCUUCCACUCCACAACCACUCAGCCUCAGGACGAGACCCACAGCGCCUGGAUGGACCCAGCUCCCUCCCCCCCCAUAACCACCCAGCCACAGGAUGAGACCCACCGCGCCCGGAUGGGCCCAGCUCCCCCACACCCCACAACCACCCAGCUGCAGAAUGAGACCCACAGCACCCAUAUAGGCCCGGCCUCUCCCUCCCAGCCCCAGGGCGAGCUUCCUGGUAUUCGGACACAGUAUGCCAGCCCAGCAGUUAAUGGGACAGGUUGUGCCAAGACACCUGCAACGCCCUGGCUCCCAGGCACCCCGGCUGCACAGACAGGCUACGAAUCCCCUCAGCUGCGGGAACUGAUCCAGGUGGUGCGGGCGCUGCGGGGGGACCUGCGUGCCCUCGUCCAUACCCAGCGGCAGGAGCGCCCCCUGCUGGGCGCCAUUGCUGGCAGCCUGGCCGAGCUGGCGGGGGCUUUACAGCAGCUGGUAGUGGAGCUGCCCAGCCAGCAUGAAGCCCUGCUGCGGGAGGAGCCCGAGGAGGCGACAGACCUGGAGACCCGCGGAGAACCUAGAGACUCACGAGAGACUCCAACUCUCAUGCUGGUAGGAACCGACCGGGGGGGUGACAGACGGUACCUUGCCCCCGAGGUGAGGCUGGUAGGUGGCCCCCACCGCUGCGCCGGGUGGGUGGAGGUGCAUCUGGAUGGGCCCUGUGGCACCGUGUGUGAUGACAGCUGGGACCUGGGCGACGUGGCCGUGGUGUGCAGGCAGCUGGGCUGCGGGCAGGCCAUGGAAGCGCUGAGUGGUAAAGUGUUCAGCCAGGGCAACGAGUCACACUCGAUCCUGAUGACAAACGUGCAGUGCCAGGGGACAGGGCGGUGCUGGGGAGCUGCCCGUAUGAGGAUCCAGGGGACCUCUGCCAGCAUGAUGAGGACGCAGGGGCCCAUUGUCAAGGUGAACCCGGAGCCUCUCCCCAAAGGCAGCUCUGAGCCAUCGCCUGCCCCACUCAGCCCUUUGGAGCCAGGCAGGGCCGGGCUGAGUUCACAGCAGGCCAGGGAGACUUCCUCCCAUGCUGACCUGUCAGUCCUGUGCCAGCCCUUAAAAGGGGCUUCCCAGGCUGGGGGGGUGAGAGGAGCUCUUGGCACCGGAUCACAGCAGGACAGAGCUGCUCACCCCGGGGAAGCCAUGGAUCUGCGGCUGUGCCUCUUGCUCUGCUUUGCUGCUGACUUGGGAGUCUCCUCUUCCUCCUCAGAGGUGAGGCUGGUAGGUGGCCCCCACCACUGUGCCGGGCGGGUGGAGGUACGGCUGGACGGGCGCUGGGGCACCGUGUGUGACGAUGGCUGGGACCUGAAUGACGUGGCCGUGGUGUGCAGGCAGCUGGGAUGCGGGCCGGCCUUGAAAUCAUUGACUAGUAAAGUGUUUGGCCCGGGCUCCGAGUCGGACCCUGUCCUGAUGAUGGACGUGCAGUGCCAGGGGACAGAGGCAGCUCUGGGGAACUGCUCAUACACGGAUCCAGGGGACCUCUGCCAGCAUGAUGAGGACGCGGGGGCCCGUUGUCAAGCUGCAGAACUCCCAAAGCCACCUGUCCGGUUGGUGGGCAACAACACGCGCUGCAGUGGGCAGGUGGAGAUUUACUAUGAUGGCCGCUGGGGUGCCGUGUGUGGGUUGGGCUGGGACCUGACUGACGCCAAGGUGCUCUGCCGGGAGCUGGGCUGUGGGAGCCCGCGGUAUGUCACCCACCACUGCAGCAAGUUGAGUCGGAGCUCAGCACCUGUCCUGCUGGGCCAGCUGGAGUGCACCGGGCGGGAGGCCUCACUGACCCAGUGCCAAGCCCAAGCCUGGGAGGGGCGACACUGCCCCCACCAUCGGGACACCGGAGUCAUGUGCCAAGAGCCCUUCGCACUGCAGCUGGUGAACGGCCCAAGCAAGUGCUCUGGGCGGCUGGAGGUGCGGUAUGAUGGAGUGUGGGGCACCGUGUGUGACGACGACUGGUCGGAGACCAACGCCCAAGUGGUCUGCCGGGAGCUGGGCUGUGGUCCAGCCGAGCCACUGGCCCCAAAGCUGCAGGACCGGCCCCGCUUUGGCCAGGGUACAGGGAAAAUCUGGCUGGACGACAUCCGCUGCAAAGGCACCGAGAAGACCUUGCAGAACUGUGCCCACCGCUUCUGGAGCUACCACGACUGCACCCACAGGGAGGACAUCAGCGUGGUUUGCCAGGACAACUGAGCUGGC